AAUGAGUGAAAACGAUUUGACAAGCAAAAGUAACAUAACCAAACUUUUUGUUUACUAAAGAUUGGCAUUCUUUUUACCAAAGGUGCUUUCACGUACCGUGCCAAUUCGCAAAUAUGAAAAUAUUCAUAAAAGUACUGCAAGGCGAUGGAUGCAUGAUUGAAGUCACCGAGAGUAUGAAAAUUUUGGACGUGAAAAAACAAAUCGAAAACCAUUUAAAAGUGCCCCUAUCGCAGCAGACGCUUGUCCUACUUGGUAGAACCUUAGCAGACGAUCAAACUAUCGGUUCCUACCCGAAGAUCAAAGAUGGUACGAAAGUGCACCUCGUCAUGAAGAAACCGGAAUCCCUAGAUGAAGUGCUCGCACGAUUUUUACAUAAAUACUAUUCAGAAAAGCAGACGAAGCUAAUAGUGGAAAAGUUUAUGAAAGAUUUUCAUGAUAAAGUGAAAUCGCUUAGUUUAGACGAUCUUGAACGGUUGGCGAUCUCGUAUUUAAAUGAUGAAAACAUGUAAUUCCUCGUGCGUACAUAUUCCUAUAUUAUAUUAAACAUUUUACCAUUACAUACAUUUGCCAAACA